AUGCUGCUCCUCCUCCCCGCCGGCAUCCUGGCCCAGGGCUGCCCAGCCGAGUGCCAGUGCAGCCAGCCCCAGACCGUCUUCUGCAUCUCGCGGAGGAGCCCCGCCGUCCCGCAGGGCUUGCCGCGGGACACAGCCAACCUGUACAUGUUCGAGAACGGCAUCCGCUCCCUGAGCAGGGACAGCUUCGCGGGGCUGCCGGCCCUCCAGCUGCUGGACCUCUCCCAGAACCUGAUCCCCGGCCUCCCGCGCGACGUCUUCCAGCCGCUGGCGGGCCUCCGCAACCUCGACCUGUCCUCCAACCAGCUGCACGAGGUCACCAACGAGAGCUUCCACGGGCUGCGCCUGCUGGAGCGCCUCUACCUGGACCGCAACAGGAUCCAGGCCAUCCACCCGGCUGCCUUCGACUCGCUGGAGAACCUGCUGGAGCUGAAGCUGCAGGACAACCGGCUGCAGGCGCUGCCGCCGCUCGGCCUGCCCACCCUGCUGCUGCUCGACCUCAGCCGGAACCGGAUCGGCGCCCUCGAGCCGGCCACCUUCCACGUGCACAACCUCGAGUCGCUGAAGGUGGCCGGGCUGGGCCUGCGGAGCCUGGGGGAGGAGCUCCUGCAGAGCCUCCGCAACUUGCACGAGCUGGACGUUUCCGACAACCUGCUGGCCAGGGUGCCCGGAGCCCUGAAGCAGCUGCGCGGCCUGACCAAGCUGAGCCUGGCCGGGAACGGGCAGAUCUCCCAGCUGCACCCCGAGGACUUCCAAGAGCUCCGCGACCUGCAGGAGCUGGACGUCAGCAGGCUCAACCUGCGCGGCCUCCCCCGGGACUUCCUCGGCUCCUUCCCCAGGCUCAGGGCAGUCACGGCGGCCGAGAACCCCUUCAACUGCGUGUGCCAGUUGAGCUGGUUCGUCAGCUGGGUGAGCAGCAGCAAAGCCUCGCUCCGCCGCUCCGACGAGACCCGCUGCCACUUCCCCCCCAAAAACGCCGGCAGGCUGCUCCAGCACCUGGAAUACGCAGAUUUCGGGUGCCCGGCCACCACCACCACCACCACUACCACGUCGAAAGCCACCAGCCCCAAACUGGCCACGGCCACGCCCAGCACCGGGCAUGUCCCUCCGGAGCCCAGCACUCCCGAUGCCAGCCCCGAGGACGGCAGCCCCACGCCCACGCCGUUCACUGCCCCGGAAGGCCCGCCGAGUCCCCCCGAGGGAACACACCUGUGUCCCCCGCGCACCUGCCUGAACGAGGGCGUGUGCCAGCUGGACGCCUCCAACCAUGUGGAAUGCGCCUGCCCCCAGGGCUUCGGGGGCCUCUACUGCGAGACCCAGGUGCAGGCGACCGCUCCGCCCCCAGCGGCCACCCAGGCACCGGCCCAGCCCAAGCAGAUAGCCAUCAAGCACGUUGGGGGCACCUCCCUGAAAGUGGACCUGCAGAACUACAUCCAGUCCAAGACGCAGUUGAAAGGGAUCCGCCUGACCUACUGGAACCUCUCCGGGCCGGACAAGCGGCCUGUCACCCUCAGCCUGCCGGCCUCGCUGCCCGAAUACACCGUGCGGGCCCUGAAGCCCAACUCCUCCUACCACCUCUGCGUGGGGCCGCUGGGGGACCAAGCCCACGAGCAGGACCUGUGCGUGGAGGCCCAGACCCUGCACCUCACCCACCAGCAGCACGCGCCCGUCACCCAGCGCAAAGACGCCAACCUGGCCCUGGUGGUGGUGCCGGCCAUGGCUUCUGUCCUGCUGCUGGUGGCGGCCAUGGCGGCCGGCUCCUACUACGUGCGGCGGAAGCGGCGGCAGAAGGCGCAGAGCGUGUCCGGGGCCGGCAGCUCCGGCCCGCUGGAGCUGGAGGGGGUGAAGGCCGGCCUCGAGAAGGCAGAGCCGGCGGGGCACGGCCCGAAGACAGCCGCCACCACCGCCGCCGCCACCGGCCUGGAGUGCGAGGUGCCCCUCAUGCAGCCACAGUACACGAGCGCCGCUCCCACGCCUCGGGCCGCAAGGCCUUCCUACUUCUAGGGCCAGGAAAGGGGCCCCAAUCCAAAAGCUGGCCCCAGGGCCAAGGGCGUGAUGGGAAGGCAGCUUCUAGGCCGCCGGAGGCUUGGCUCAUAUUAAGAAA